AAGUGCAUAUAGGGCAAGUCCUGCCCGCUGUGUUUACUCUGCGUCUUCUCGCCGGAGCUGUGAAGGCGUUUCGGGGCAGCAACAGGCGGACCGAGCGCAGCGCGCGGCGUCUGGAUACGAACCCGCGGCCGAGGCGUCGCUAAAUUAAUGAGAAAGAGAGGAGCGGAGAGUCCGUUUCUACAUGGAGCUGCUUCGGUUUUCCGCUCUCUGGUGCGGAGCGAUACUCUUCGGUAGUGUUCUGCUGGAGGAGACGGAGGCCACUAUAAUGAAGGUAAAAAGACUGUGCAAGUUCUGUGACGUGCGGGCAACUACCUGCACAGGUAAAGGCAGCUGCAAGGUGGAGUGCGACAUCACGUCCAUCUGCCCCGAUAAACAAGAUGUGUGUGUCAGUAUCUGGAGGAAGACAGAUGACAACAUCACCUUUGAUACAGUCUGUCACAACCCGGCUCAGAAGCUGUAUGGCCUGGUCCUGGAGGAUUACAACAACAGCAAGUGUGAGAUGAAAGAAAGAAAGGGCAUGGGCUCCCAGUUCUUUAUCUGUUCCUGCUCAGAGGAUGAGUGCAAUGAGCACAUCUUCUUCAACUCCUACAUGGAUUCCCAGGUGGUGGCGGUCAUCUUAGUGAGCCUGGUGCCUCUGCUGGUCAUGGCCGUAGUCGUCAUCACUUCUUUCUACUGUUAUCGGGUCUACCGCCAGCGGCAAGCCAGCUCCAGACGCAAGAGGGGUCCCCCGCUGGACUUCAGCGACGCUCACGCCAUCAUGAUAGACGACGAAGGUUCAGACAGCAGCUCCACUCACGCCAACAACAUCAACCACAACACAGAGCUGCUGCCCAUUGAGCUGGAUGUUCAGGUCGGAAAAGGACGCUUUGCAGAGGUUUACAAAGCCAAGCUCAAGCAGGGCUCCUCAGUCAGCGAGGAGCAGGGCUUCGAGACAGUGGCCAUUAAGAUUUUCUCAUACGAGGAGUACGCCUCCUGGAAGAACGAGAAGGAAAUUUUCUCAGACGCAGACUUGAGGCAUGAGAACGUGCUUCACUUCCUGACAGCAGAGGAGAGGAAGGCGCAGAGACAGUACUGGCUGAUCACAGCCUUCCAGCCAAGAGGGAACCUCCAGGAGUACUUGAUCCACCAUAUUAUCAACUGGCACGACCUGUGGAUGCUGGGGGGUUCGCUAGCGCGCGGAGUGGCCCACCUCCACAGCGACCACACCACCUGCGGUCGCUACAAGGUGCCCAUUGCGCACAGGGACAUUAAGAGCUCCAACAUACUUGUGAAAAGCGACCUGACAUGCUGCCUGUGUGACUUUGGCCUCGCCCUUCGCCUGGACAACACUCUGUCUGUGGACGAGCUGGCCAACAGCGGGCAGGUGGGCACUGCCAGGUACAUGGCCCCAGAAGUCUUGGAGUCCAGAAUCAACCUAGAAAACAUCGAGUCCUUCAAACAGGCCGAUGUUUAUUCCAUGGCUCUUGUACUGUGGGAGAUCAUCUCCAGGUGCAACGCUAUCGGAGAGGUGAAGGAGUACGAGCCGCCCUUCGGGAACCUGAGGGAACACCCGUGUGUCGAGAGCAUGAAGGACAGCGUUCUGCGAGACAGGGGAAGGCCUGAGAUCCCCAACAGCUGGAUCAACCACACGGGCAUCCAGAUGGUGUGCGCCACCAUAGAUGAGUGCUGGGACCACGACCCGGAGGCCCGUCUGACAGCCCAGUGUGUUGCCGAGCGCUUUUCCGACAUGGAGUACCUGGACAAGCUGUCAGACCGCUCUGACUCAGAGGAGAAGAUCCCUGAAGAAAUCUUUGUGGUGGAUGAGAAGUAGAGCUCAACAGAAACACUGCCCCCCACUAGGGUGGCAGAGGAAUUACAGCCGAGCAGCUGGGAGAGAUAGAAAUUCCAGUGGAUGCGUUGUUUGCUAUGGGUUCGUCAGAAAUGUGUGACGGAGGAGCAAACUGGAAAGUCAUUUGGAUGAAACAGAACUGAUACCAGAGAUGGACCUCCAUGUACAGAUCAGGACCAACAUAAAUACAGACAGCAGUGACUGACUUGAUUCGUUUUCUUCUACAUGCUUCAAAGACUGGUUCGAGUCGUAAACAAACAGGGAAAUUGCAUUUUAAAGCUUUUAUAACCAAACACUAUUUGCACUUUACCAAUAUCUAUGCACACCAAAUAUAUAUAUUGAGUGUCUUUUUGCUCUGAUAAAACAUUUCAGGCAUAGGAAAUAAAGGGACAGAACAUAUUUAGACAAGUGGGUAAAAGGGAGCAAUCCAAAAUAUUAAGAUAUAUAAUAACACUACUACCCCCUUUCUAGUUUUAUGGACUGAGCACUUAAACGUUUUCCAAGGUGUCAACGGGACUGGAUGACAGUUUUCAAGGUGCAAGUAUGAUUUCUUGUGGCAUGAAAUGGAAAUUACCCACAGCAAAGAAACAGAAAACCCCUCUAAGGCAGAAAUCUGCAGGGAAAGCUCUUAUCAUAUCUCAAGGACUAUGAAUUGCAAAAUAAAGACGGCAAAAUCAGCCUGAAAGGAAAAAGGGAACAGAUAUAUAGUGCUUUGUGUGUGUGUGUGCGCGCGCGAGUGUGUGUGCGUGUGUCUGCAUGCAUGUGUGUGUAUGUGUGUAUUACUCAGAGGAGUCUGUUUAAUCAGACAAAGAAAAUAAAAGAAAUGGAAAUAUGUAUAAAGGACUCUAAACUGGAAGUUCCUGCACACUGCCUAUAUGCUAUAAAAGCUGAGCUUCUUCAUAGACAUUUUGUUACUGAAAAGGGAAUUCUGAUUCAGUGAUUAAAAAAAGGUCUAUAUCAAAGUAAUUUUGUAUAAAAGUCUAAAGCCAUAAUUAAAAGUAUU